CAUCAGCCCCUCUGUUGUUGUAGUUUGGUUGUUGCUAGUGGAGCAUCCAUAAGUACAGCUCAGGCGUAUAUUGAAGCAAGACAGGCUGAAUCCAUUACUGGUGUGGAGAUCCAUUCGCCACUAUGGGUGAAAGAAAAGGAACAAACAAAUACUACCCUCCGGAUUUUGAUCCAGCCAAACAUGGAUCCCUCAAUGGCUAUCAUAAGACUCACGCCCUGCGGGAGAGGGCCAGGAAACUGUCCCAGGGCAUCCUCAUUAUCAGGUUUGAAAUGCCCUACAACAUCUGGUGUGACGGCUGCAAAAACCACAUCGGCAUGGGGGUCCGUUACAACGCUGAGAAGAAGAAGGUGGGGAACUACUACACCACUCCAAUCUACAGGUUCAGGAUGAAGUGCCAUCUGUGCGUCAACUACAUAGAGAUGCAGACAGACCCGGCCACUUGCGACUAUGUUAUAGUCAGUGGAGCCCGCAGAAAGGAGGAACGCUGGGACAUGGCUGAGAAUGAGCAGAUCCUCACCACAGAGCGGACGGAGAAGGAGAAGCUGGAGACGGAUGCCAUGUACAAACUGGACCACGGAGGGAAAGACAAGGAGAAGCUUAAAAAGGCUCUGCCCUCUCUGUCAGAGAUCCAGGACUACCAGUCCGGCUGGAAGGAUGACUUCCAGCUCAACAGCACCCUCCGCAGGAAGUUCAGAACGGAGAAGAAAGUUCUGGCCGAGCAGGAGGAGAAGGACAACGCAGUGAGGAUGAGGACCAACCUGUCCAUCCCACUGCUGCCAGAAAAGGAGGAGGACAAGAAGCUGGCAGCGCUGCUAACCUACCAGACGCCUGACUCCUACGAGGACAAGAAGCACAGCAAGCGCAAAGAGAUCUCCUCUCGUUCAUGGUUCAGCUCCACUGCAGCACCAGCAGGAGGCGCUGCAGGCAGCCUGCUCCAUAAGCUCGGCCUGCAGGGGAAAGAGGCAGCAGCGGCCAAAGCCCUGGGCCCCUCACACAGCCCUCUGAUCCACAGACGGACUGGAAUCAAAGCCGAACAGUGCUCCACCGUCACACGCAGAAAAUCACAGCCUGACGGGGAGGUUCCCAAGACCACGGAGACGCAUGAAGCCCCGUCUACACGAGGAGGUCAGGAGGAAGCAGAGACAGAUGGAGCGAGUUUCAAAGAGGUCAGAACCACAGAGGAGGCAGACAAACGGCGGACAGAUGCUGACGGACGUUCAGGAGGAGUCACGUCUCUGGUAGCAGACUACAGCGACUCAGAUUCAGAGCCGGACGAUGAGCUGCACGGGACUGUGUCUGCUUUCUGAGCAGUAAUGGGGGUGGAAUGCAUGCUCCAGCUGCAGACGUGUGCUGUACAGUGUCAUACUUUAUAUUUGUUGAAAAUAAACGUAAGAUUUAAGUUUAGUGACCUGCAGAAUGUGCUUCAGUGUGUCGUAUCUGUGUCCAGCCCAGUUAUAAAUAUGUUUGGUUUUAGAUACCCACACAAACACGCGUGUGAUUUGUUGUUAAAACUCCAGGAACCUUGUUCAAAUAAAUGUAAAAUACUGCUUUUA